AUGCCCUAUCUACUUCCAUGGACCAGGGACACAGAGGAAUAUAUAAGAAGGAGAUAUCUGGAGCCAAUAAAAAUUCAACCAAACAAUAGCAAUAACGACUGCAGUAAAAACAACAACAACAACAGCAAUAGUACUUCUAUUCAUAAUAAUAAUAAUAAUAAUAUGAAUAAUAAUAUGAAUAAUAAUAGAGAAUCAGUCAAUGAUAGAGAUCCAAUAUAUGAAGCCAUGAAAACCAACUAUGAAUAUAUCAUUGAAGAUGGGGAUUCCCCGACCAGAUGCCUCUUACCCGGAAGCCCUGCCUCCUGCAAAACUCAGCUCCUCCCAUUGGAUAGUCUGUCUUUCUCUAAUUUUUCUUCUGGGGGCCAAAAUAGUAACAACAACAACAUUAAUAAUAAUAACAAUAGGAAUGGGAGCAUGUUCAGAAAACGCCACAAUCCUCUUUACAUCACCACUUACGACGACCUGCUUCUGUCAGGAAAUGGCGGAAGUAGCGGUGGUGGCGGCGUUGGGUACUACAAAAACAAUCCCAACUCUAACUUUCUGCCGUACAAUGGCUGGCCACACUCAGCUACGAUGGUUGUGCUUAGUACCAUUUUGGUACUGUCGUUACUUGCUAUAAUAUUAUCAUCCUUUUGUCUCUACAAGUUAAAUGUUAUCGGAGGUGAGCUCACCUCAUUGGCUGCCUCCAUAGAGGUCAGCCAAUCAGACUCAAGCUACAACAUCAGCGUGGCGACGCAGAAACUGAAUGACGUCAACGAAAGUUUAGUUAGUAAGAUGGAGAAGGUGGAGAAAUAUUUUGGCCUGAAAGUUUCAGUUAAUCUGAGCCUGUGCAUAUGGAGCAAGAGGGAGGUCAAUUCCAUAGUGCAAGAUGACGUCAUAUACACUGGCUGGGUCCCAGACGAUGAUGAUUCUAAGAAAUCAGUGGUAACUGGUGCCUCGUGUUCUAGCAAAACACCAGGCCUAAAGGUCAGCAUGGAAGACGACAACGUCAGUCGCGUCAGGUGUAGCUGUAGUGGCCGCCCCAGCGGCUACAUGUCCAGAAACUGUGUCGUACAUUUCUGGUACUGCCCUAAAUAACGAAAAACUAGAUCAAGCAAGGUGAUGGACUGUGAAACUGCACGUCGAUAUUGUCCGUCAAAAGCGAAAUUAGGUCGUUAAAAUGGCGGAUUUGGAAUAAGAGCAAGAUGAGGAUUGGGUUGUAGAUACCAAAUUUGAAAUUAGGACAAAAUGAAUUUACCUCCAAAUGAAGAAAAUUUGAAGUUUAUAACUACAUUUUUUUAUUUAGAAUUCUAAUUUAUUAUCAAAUUAGUGCAAAAUGGUGGCUGAGGGAGAUUUAGGGAUGUGACAGAUUGAUGGUAUUAUCAUAAAUUUAUAAUAUAUAUAUACUGCAUGUGUGCAUAUUUGAAACAACAGUUGUGACAUUUGUUUAUUUAUUCAUCUUUGUUAAUCAUUCGAUCAUUUGACCUUUUAAUUACUUCUAUU